ACGGGACCUCUCACCCCGUUAGGCGGCACUAGGGAUUCGAACCGUUGAACUGCUGACCUUUCGAUCGACAAGCUCAGUGUUUUACCCACUAAGCCACCGCGUCACAUAAACUACUGUACAAUUGUUUCAAAGAUUGUUAUUAUCUCUUUAAGGCCGCUUCCUCCCUAUUGGUACUCUCUCUACAUGAGCUGGAUUUCAAUGCCAGUAAAAGUUGUAAUCCCAAAAUCUCUCAAGGACAGAAAGUUACCUGCAAGAAAUAUCAUAUCGGGUGGGACAAUCUAUCACAUGAUAAUUCCCCUGGGGGCAGGGAUGGGCUUCCAAAAUUUUAGCAAGGGGUUCUCUGCCCGGUUGCUGGGUGGGCAUGGCCAUGGUGGGCGUGGCCUAGUCGGUCUCCUUCACCACGGCAGGGGGGUUGUUUUUGCCCUCCCCAGGCUCCGGAGGCUUUCUUAGAGCCUCUGGGAGGGCAAAAACUGCCUCCCCAGGCUCCGGAGGCCUUCUCAAACUUCUGCUACCCCUUGCGUGUGAAAAAAGGCUGGGUGAUGCUCAUCGUGGCUUUCUGCUGGUUGCUGUCCCUCUUGAUCGGCCUCUCCCCUAUGAUGGGGUGGAACCGGUUCCAGCAAUACGGAGAGACCAGAAACAAGUCGAAGGCGAUCAACUUCCAGAGAGCCGUCUUCAUUUUCUUAAUCCAGGAUAAACCUCCCAGGGACCUCCUCUCUCAAGCCUAUCGAGAGCCAGAGAUUCUGAGCUACAGUCACGGCCCAGUCGAACAUCUGGGUCGCUGCUCGUUCACCUCCGUCUUUAGUCCGGAGUUUCUGGUUUAUUUCAUUUUCUUAAUCUGCACUUUGCUGCCUUUGGCAGCCAUGCUGGGUAUCUAUGCCGACAUCUUUCGAGUCGUCCGUGGCCAUUUCCGGUCACAGCCACUUUGGCCGGCCAAGAGGAAGGAAAUGCAGAUGGCUUGCACCCUUCUUCUCCUGGUGGGCGUCUUCGUCAUCUGCUGGAUGCCUCUGCAUGUGAUCUACUGCAUCCAGCUGCUGUGUCCCAGCUGCGAACAAUACGACUCUCUGGAACAUCUGGCGGUGUUGCUCUCUCAUUUGAACUCUUUGGCCAAUCCGCUGGUCUAUGCUUUGAGGAAGAAAAACUUAGGACUGGCUCUCCGGUCUGUGUUCCUCUAUCGAGUCUUGCGCUGGCCUUCCAUGAAGACCUGCUGCGGUCCUAGCCCCAAAAUCCAUCCUCAGGCCGAAGUGAGAAAGCAUCCUUCUUAAAUGACUCUUUAACAGGUGAACAGACAGCUUGGUUGAAUUCCAUGCAUUGGUUCUACGGUGAAACAAGAAGAGAGUUACUGGACGACCCUGGAGAGGUCCAGACCUACCUACCGAAACAAAUUAAAACAAAGCUAAUUUGGUCUAGUGGUGGCCUAGAAACAGUGGUGGGAUUCAGCCAGUUCGCACCACUUCAGGAGAACUGGUUGUUAACUUUCUGAGCAGUUUUGGUGAACUGGUCAUUGGAAGAAAUCAUUAGGGCAGAGAACCGGUUGUUAAAUUAUUUGAAUCCCACCACUGUCUAGAAACCAGAUGACUGUGAGUUCUAGUCCUGCCUUAGGCAUCAGAGCUGGCUGGGUGACUUUGCACCAAUUACCAGGCGUGUGAGUUCUAGUCUCGCCUUAGGCAUGAAAACCCCAUUAGACAAUUUUGGGCCGGCCGCAGGAGACAGUGUUUUCUAGUCCCACCUUAGGAAUGAAAGUUGGCUGGGUGACUUUGUGCCAAUCACUCUCUUCCAGCCCAAACCUCCUCACAGGGUUGUUGUUGUGGGGAAAAUGGAAGGAAGAAGGAGUAUUAUGCAUGUUUACCACCUUGAGUUACUUAUAAAAGGCAGGAUAUAAAUCAAAUAAACAAGCAAACAAGCAAGCAAGCAAACAAACAAACAAAUAAAUCUAAUAAAUUCAGUCCGUAUGAAACAUCUGGUUCCUUCCAGAAACUUCAGCAACCGCUGCUCGCCCAUUGGAGCAUGCAUAUUUAAUUGUCCCAGAAUAUAAAGUAUCCACUGGAAAAGAAAAGAAGAAAAAAAAAAGGGGAAUUCUGAAUAGGUAGUCCUGGACUUACGACCACAAUGGAGUCCAAAAUUUCUGUUGCUAAGUGAGACAUUUGUUAAGUGUGUUUCGCUCCAUGUUACGACCUUUCUUGCUUUCUUGUUAAGUGAAUCACCGCAGUUCUUAAGUUAGUAACAGGGUUGUUAAGUGAAUCCGGCUUCCCCAUGAACUUUGCUUUGCCAGAACAUCACAAAAGGGGAACAAAAUGACUCUGGGACUGUUGUGCCUCACUCGCCCCCCUCUCCGCAGCCGGGCCCCUCUCAUCUCAUGUUAUCUCAGCCAGAGACGGAUAAUGAAGACGAAUGGCCUGGUAUGCCUCCAGCCCCCAGUCCUGGCACCAUGCUUGGACAAACCGAGCAAAUAAACCCCUCCCCCACAGCAUGUGAACAUGAGGAACAGGAAGCCAGUCACGAGCUGGAAUUGCCGGCAACUGGAGGGUGGAGGGAUCCACGCUUCCGGAGAAUGGAGAGGCGACGUCAGCAAAAGGAAGGGAGGGGCAGGCCUGGAUAAGUGCUGAGUCAUGGAGCCACACCCCAUGGCUUAUAUAAAAGAUCUGCUUUCUGGCAUUCUUUGAGUCAGGCAAAGUCUAAUCUGGAUUGCUGAAGUCACACUUUGGACUUCUGCCUGCCCUGAGAACUCUGACAGAACUUUGGCAAAGCUGCAGAGGCUUUGUGGCCACGCUUGAUACAGACUUCCCCGACCCGGCCAUCAGAGGAGGAGUGGGACACGACAGAGACAUUGCAACCGUCAUAAAUACAAGCCAGUUGCCAAGCAUCUGAAUUUUGAUCACGUGACCAUGGGGAUGCUGCAAUGGUCAUAAGUGUGAAGAACGGUCAUAAGUCACUUUUUUUCAAUGCCAUUGUAACUUUGAACGGUCACUAAACAGACUGUGGUAAGUCGAGGACUAUCUGCAUGUGUUAAUUUUAUUUUUAUUUUUUUUGUAAUUUUUUUUUAUUUUUUUAAAGACAAACAAACAUACAAUGCAUUUUUUCUGAAUAGAGUAUUGACCGAGUCAAAAUUCAUACAUCUUAUUUUCCCCAAAUUUAAUGUAUAUAAUUCCAUUUCUACCAUUAUAUUCCUUUUCUACUUUUCCCUUUUUCAUCUCUAUUUUAAAUUUAAUAUAUAAUCAGUAUUACCAUCUGCCUUAACCUCCUAAUCUUAAUCUUCUUUCAUUUCAUUUUUUUUAUUUCUCCCUUUCACAUAUAUUUUUAAAUAUUUCUUUAAUCUACUGAAACCCUUUCAUUUACACACAAUCAUUUUGCUAUUUCACACUUAUUUCUGACUAUCCAUUGUUUUCUAAAAGUGGACCAGAUUAUCAUAUUUUAUUGCAGGUGUUUAUGAGUGUGAAAUCCUAGAGGAGGGCAUGUUGUGUGAAAUGUUGAACAAAAGCACUCCUGGUAGGGAGUGACAAUACACCACAACACAGCAACUUAGAACUAAGGAGAAAUUUCCUGACAGUUAGAACAAUUAAUCAGUGGAACAACUUGCCUGCAGAAGUUGUUGAUGCUCCAGCACUGGAAAUUUUUAAGAAAAUGUUGGAUAGCCAUUUGUCUGAAAUGGUGUAGAGUUUC